GUCGCGCACGUCAUCUGUCAGGUGCGUAGGUUGACAAGUUCACAGCAGUUGUGCUGUUCGAAUCAAACUGAUUUGAGCGCUUGUACAGUAGCUAUUAUAAGAAAGCGAGUAGGCUACUUUGGAUUACAAUAUGGAAGGUUACAAAUACCCUGUUUUCUUCGAGGUUCCCAGUCUGGAUCCAGCACAGAAAGAGAAGUUAGAAAAGUACUUUCAGGUUCGCCGUAAAUCUGGUGGAGGAGACUGCGGACCCAUAGACAAUGUUGGUGACAACGUUUACAAGAUCGCAUUUAUUGACCGGACAGUCCAGGAGAGGGUACUUCAGAAAGAUCAUGUGUUGGAGAUGCCUUGGGGACCUCUCACCCUCACUCUGAGAGAGAGCCUGGAGCCGCCACCCACAACAGCCUCCCCAGUCAGUAGUCAGGAGACAUCGCCACCUGGUUUCCUAGAGCAUGAACUCCAUCUAGACUCCUACCUCCUGAGAUACCUGAAGGAGAGCCCUGGGGCUGGAAGAGACCUGCAGCAGCAGCUGUCCUCUCUGGGCUGCUCUGUCCACCUCCAUCCAGAGGACGGGAGGGCAGUGGUCAGAAGCUCAGGCCAAGCUGGGUCAUGUGGAGAUGGGGUUGGGGUGGGACCAUGGAAGGCACAGGUCGAGAGACUGUUAAAACAGCUCCCUGAGCGGUACAAAUGCCACUAUGAGGUAGACCCACGUAAGCUCCAGACUCUGCUGCAGAGCAGUACCCUGGGUUCGGAGGAUGUGAGGGUUUACUGCGAGGCAGGGGAAGGGUUUGCGGUGGUGGUUGGGGAGGGGCCCGAGGUCCAGGCCAAGCUGAAGGAGCUGGAGGCCUUCCAGGGUCAGGGUCUGAGCUCCUGGAAGCAGGAGAAGAUCAGCACCACCUGUCAACUUGGACAGUCCAAGCUCCGUCUUCUAGGUGAAGUGAUAGAGAAGGAUCUAGUUGAGGUUGUUCCAGGGGUGAAGGUGACACGCGGUGACUCUGGCCAGCUGGAGCUGAUGGGUUCAGCAAGUGAUGUCCGGACAGCCAGACAGUUAGUUACAGAUAAGAUCUCUCUGGUGCUGGAGCGGGUGGUGCCUGAGGUGUCCCUCCACCUCCUGUCCUUCCUGAGGGAUGAGUAUGGGAGGCCUGGGAACCUGAGCAGUCUGCUGGGGUUGGGACUCCAUGUGGAGGUAGAGUUGGGGGAUACAGAGCUCCGUCUGUUCUCCCUCUCCUCUGGGAAACUGGACCAGGCUGAGAAGGAUCUGCUGGGGGAGUUUGGGGAGGAGAAGAUUGAUGUGCCCAACGGUGCUUUCCAGGCUGAACUGAAGUCCAAACUUGAGACAAAGGUGAAGGAGAUGAACCAAAGUAGACGCAGGGUGGUGGCCAGGUAUGGUCCUGGGUGUAGAGUACAGCUGCUGGGUCACCUGAAGCAGGUUCAGGAGCUGAGCGAGGAGAUUGGGGCCUUUCUGAAAGACCAGUCCAGUGUAAGAGUUGUGGGACGUCCUCAACAGAACCAUGGUAGCAUAGACGGUGAAGCAGGCGCCGGACCAAGACCUAACAAGACUAUCGCAGCCACCAGCUAUCACCUCCAGGGUGGGCUGCAGGUAGUUGUUUUUCAGGGUGACAUCACCAAGGAACGGGCAGACGCACUGGUGAACGCAGCCAAUGAGUAUCUGGAUCACGCUGGGGGCGUGGCUGCAGCUCUGAGCCGGGCGGGGGGGCAUGAAGUACAGCAAGCCAGCAGGGAUCUGGUUAGGCAGAUAGGGAGAGUGCCCACAGGUACAGUGGUAGAGACUACAGGAGGGAAUCUGCCUUGUAAGAUGCUGCUGCAUGCAGUGGGACCAGUAGGGGGCAGAAUAGGUGGGAAUGAGCGCCGUCUGCUGGAGAAGACAGUAAAGGCAGUCCUGGAUCUGGCAGAGACCCUGGAGCUCCAGACCCUGGCCAUGCCCUGCAUCAGCUCAGGGUUAUUCGGUGUUCCUCUGAAGGUGUGCUCUGAGGCCAUAGUCUCUGCAUUGAGGGACUUUGGGAGGGAACAGCACAUCCUUACCAAGGUCACUCUGAUUGAUGUGAGUGGAGAGGCAGUGAAAGCCAUGCAGGAGGCCUGUGAUAGGCUGUUACAGGGGAAGAGGGAGUUUCAUGGGUGGGAGGUAGAGUCCAGCACCACCACUACCACUACACAUGCUCCUCAGAGAGACACCACUGCUGCCUCCACCAGGGGACCAGCUGCUCCAGAGGUCUGUGUCCAGGUGGAGAUCAUCCAGGGAACCAUAGAGAAACAGCAGGUGGAUGCUCUGGUGUCACCCAUGGUUGGUAGUGACCCUCUAUCCUCCCGAGUGGGUCAUGUCUUGUCGGAUGCAGCUGGACCGGCGCUGAUGACAGCGUUUCAGAGGGAAUUAGGGGGACGGACUGCACCUGGUGACAACGUCCUGGUGGAGGGACUGUCUGGUCUCAGCUCUGGCCGUGUCUUCUUCCUCAGCUGUGCACACUGGGACAACAAUCCCCAAGGACCAGCUGUACAGGCUCUGAUGCAGGGUGUGAGGAAAAUCCUGACUGCUUGUGAUAUCCAGGGCUUCCGUUCCAUUGCGUUCCCUGUAGUUGGAACUGGUGAGGUUCUCCAGUUCCCUCACAACGUGGCAACGCAGGUUCUGCUAGAAGAAAUCCGUAGGUAUGAACAGAAUCGAGCGAGCAGAACCCCCUUCCUUGUUCGCAUUGUCGUUCAUCCCAAUGACAGAGAUUCUACCAAGCUUUUCAAACUACCCAGAAUGCUUUGCAUCUCAGAGGGUUCAAAUUGGGCACUCAACCAGAGCAAGACAUCAGGAUUGUGCUGCUUGUUAUAACCGGAGGAGGUAAAACAGUGCUGGAAACACCAUCUUCGGAAAAGAUGAUGUGUUCCUUUCAGACAGUUCCUCCACCUCCUCAACACAGAAAUGUAAAGCUCAGACCAAGAACAUCAAAGGUAGAAACAUCACCCUGAUUGACACACCUGGAUUCUUUAAAACUGACAUCCCUGAAGAGGAGCUGAAACCUAAAAUAGUCAAAUGUACAACAGAAUGUGCUCCAGGGCACAUAGGGUAUACAAUCUAUUCAAGACUGUAGCGAAAAUCGAGACAUAUUUUUCACCAGAGGCAUUUAAAUAUGCCACAGUCCUCUUCACUCAUGGUGACCAACAAAAUGAUGAACUGAACAUGCUUGUGGAGAAAUGUGGAGGCCGCUGUCACGUGAUCGACAAUAAAUACUGGAACACCAAUCAGCAGGGUCGGUACAGGAACCAGUACCAAGUAGCAGAGUUACUCAACACCAUAGAGAAGAUGGUGAGAGAUAACGGAGGAGGGUUCUACACCAACGAGAUGCUCCAAGAGGCAGAGAGAUUAAUACAAGCAGAGAUGGAGUCUUAGGAAGGAGUCAACUGGCCAGAUGUCAGAGAAAGAGAUGGGAAAACAGGCUAAAGAAAUAGUGAGGAAUAAACUCCUGAUCAAACUCUCAGGGACACUAACAGGUGUUGGUAGGCAUAGCUGCAGGAGUUGUCUUUGGGACGUCCACAACAACAGGAGCAGUCAGAGGAGGGUCCGUAGGAGUUACUGCAGCAGAGGAGGCAGAGACAGUACCGGAGGCUUUAAACUAAGGUUCUGAAUGUGCAAGAAGAAAACCUUUUGAAAGGUUAUAGUAACAGAUUUUUUGGAUAAAAAAUGAUGGAAAAGUAUGAUUCAACAUCUGACUAACUAUGUAGACAUCAGUCAGUUAAAUUCAACUGCAAUAGCUUUUUGUCCCAUUUAUUUUUCUUUCUGAUUUGUUAAAAGCAGGCGACAGGGUUAUGGUUAAACUGAAUGAAUAUUAAAUUGUUCAAUUUGAGGUUCAUAUUUUUGAAUGUUUAAUGUACAAAUUGAAUUAAUCAUUUGAACCUGUGUUUAAUGAUUUGAAACGGUAUUGAAUAAAUGUCAUUCAGUUCAAUGUUUAUA